UUGGGUGAAAGAACACUGGUCUGGGGGAGGCUCAGAUCUGGUUCCGGCUUCUCCAUGUGACGGGACAGCCCUUUGUCCCUCUGAGUCUGUGUCCUGCCUGUACUGCCCAGCCAGGAGGGCAUGGCCCAAUGGUUUCCUAGGCCCCGUGGCUUCCGCAGAGCCCUGGGGUUGUCCUGUUCCGGAAAGGCGUUCAGCUGGCUGACCCCUGCGACCAGAGGGAACUGUGAUCCUGGCCCCUCGGCCCCCUGGUCUCCCCGGGAAUGAAGGUCCUCGGGGUUCUCGUGGUCUUCACCUCCUGCUUGAUGGGCCCCACCCACAGCAGCUUCUGGCAGUUCCAGAGGAUGGUCAAGCUCGUCACCGGGCGGAGUGCCUUCUUCACAUACUAUGGAUAUGGCUGCUACUGUGGGCUCGGGGGCAAAGGGACCCCAGUGGACGACACCGACAGGUGCUGCCGGGCCCACGACUGCUGCUACGAGAAGCUGAAGCAGCUGGGCUGCCAGCCCUUGCUGAGCAGCUACCAGUUCCACAUCGUCAACCGCACCGUGGUCUGUGACUGUGCCCUGGGUCCUGGCGUCGGCUGCCACUGCGGGCUGAGGGCCUGCGAGUGCGACAGGCGGUCGGCCAGCUGCUUCAGAGACAGCCUGCCCACCUACGAGAAGAACUUCAAGCAGCUCCUCUUGAGCCGGCCCCGGUGUGGCAGGCGCAAGCUCCAGUGCUAGGGAGGCCGCGGCUCCCCUUGCCGGGCUGCCUUCUGAAAACCCUCAGGCGGGAGAAAAUUGACCCAUGGUCACCUCUCAGGAGACAGAGCGUGAGAACAUCAGCACCCUCGGCUGCCAGUGGAUGUCGCGACCAAGAAGACGUCGACGAAUGGGCAAGGGGGAGGGAAUCAGAGGCAUCCACAAUUUCCAUCCAAACUUCGAAGCUCCUGGUUACAUCAGACAUAAAUUCUAUUAAAGAUUAAA